AUGGCGGAAGAAGAGUUUCCUGAGAAGUUAGUAACAGAGAGAAUAGCAAAAAUACAUGAACUAUUGGAAAGGUGCAGUACCUUAAAGAAAACAAUAGAAGGUUUGACGAAGCUAAAGAAGAAGUUAUUAGCAGAGUUAAAAUUCUUAACAUCCGUGAGUACUGACUGCCAACUGUUUCGGUGGGGAAAUUUUAUCUGUUGCUCGUUUUAAUUUUAAAAUAAAAUUUUAAUUUGUGAGGUAAUUAUAUCGGUGGUCGUCCCGUGAUUGUUUAUUGAAAAGAAUUUUUGUGGUGUCAAAAUAUAUUUCCCCAACUUAACCACACCUGUAGAGACAGGGAGGCGUGUGUACAGGUGUAAAAGAAGCUAUGAAUUCAGCGUGAUUCGGUGCUGUCUCUUCGUCAACUGCGCCGCAUACAAAUAGUGGUGAUAUGUAUAAUUGAUCAUACUACUUUUCAACAUGUAAACAACGCACACAUACUGUGUAUAUAUAUGUAUAUGUAUCGUGUGUGUGUGUGUGAUUGAGCUUAACUCUGUAACUGAAUACUUCAAGAUGAACCAGAGAGAUUUCAUUGAUUUAAUGAUCCAUUUAUUAACACUGUUUGAAUAAUUUUUAAAAAAAUUCCACAGUUAAAAGGCUCUGAGCUGACUUUGAAGCACCCACACAUCAAAAGCACCAAUCUUUCAUUCCUUGAAGCUGUGUUAGAGACUGUGGAAAGUGAAAGCAAUGUUACUGCUGUAUUCAAGCCAUUUUCUUAUGUGGAAAAAAGCUCAAUACAGUCAAAUUGUACUGUGGAUAUUGUUGGCAGUAGUGGCUGUUGUUGGAUUAAGGUCACUGCAAGAAAUGCCUCUGCAUUGCACAGGACAUGGCAAGGUAUAUUUUUGUACAUGAAUUAAAAUUACUUUUUAAAGUUUUUUUCAGGUCAAAACUCGAAAUUUACUCAGCUUUUUAUUUGACUGUGCAAUUAAUUAUUUUUAAUUGUUUCUCCCUACACUUCAUUUGUACCCCUAGCUGCUUUGUGCAUGCCUUUUGACAGAACAGAGCACAUUCAAGGCUUCUCUAUUCGUAAAACACUGCACUAACUUUGCAUUUUUCAUGGAAAAGCUCAAAGCAAGUUUUGCUGAAGUUUGCUCUUAUUACUUUGGCAUUUAAUAUUGUACUUGUUAUUUACUAUAUUUACACAUUUAUUUUUUUAGGGCAAGGAAACUUUGGCGAAAAAGACAUUGUCCAACAAGCAAAGGUGCUUACUUUCAUUAUUAUUUGAUGCAAUCUUGUGCUUUACAUUUUCAUGAACUGGAGUAAAGGCUGUAUCAAUUGAGUCAGAUGAUGAUACUUUGGUGUUAUUUUCCUCAUUUUUUUCAGGAAUUAUUAGAAGCAAGCAACCAACACCCUGUGAAUUAUUCACCUCCAGUUGUUAUAAUUUUAUGUUGCCAGGGCAUCACAGAAUCUCUGGCAAGUGAGUUCAUAUAUGAAAAUGAAAAGGAGAAUAUAACUGAAUCAAUUUUGAAAUAAUUUGAUAUGUAUAAGUUAAAAUACUUUUCUUUUGAAUGAUAUUAAAUUUUUCCCAGGCUUUAGUGUGAUUUAUUACACUUGAAAAGCAUGCAAACUCUUCAAUUUAUUUAUACAAUGGACAACAGCAUGUCUUUGAUAUUCUCAUUUGUAUUAGAAGCCUUGAGAAGCAUGGGUAUUUGUGUCAAAGGAAAACUUUUACCUGACCCUGAGAAAGAUGCUUUGGCCUGUACAUGUGUUGAUGACACAUUCACAGAUAACAGGAUUCCUGUUGAAUUUUAUGAAUGGUUUGUACAUAAUAUCAGCAUAGCAUUAGCAUUCCUUUGUUUCCUUGUGCGUAAAAAAAACUAUAUAAACAAGUUUAUCUUACCUGUCAAACUGCAAGAUCAAAUUUUUAAUACAGGGAAUAAUGGUAAUAGAGUUGGGUUAGGUCCAAUUUAUAAUCAUUAAUGUAAUAGGACAGAGUGGAAUACAAUUUGGUCUGUAAUCAUACAAGUGAUUAACAAAAUCAGAUGACCGCAAGGCAGGAAUCCAGUUUGUCAAUUACAAGGUCAGUAUGAUUACAAACAGAACUGGACGGUCCUGAACAAAGAAAGAAACUAGACAUAGGUUAUACAUUUUCAUAAAAAAACAACACUACUGAACUCUGCAAAAUGAGAGGCAACAGUGCACACGCAUGUUGCGUGCUGUCCAUUUACACAGGCAUGAUGUGUUAACAGUCCCUUUAAUUGUCUUAUUUCAAUGUCCAAUAACAAGCAUGACACAUACUGUCCUAUUAGUGCUAGUGCCAGUGCCAACCAAUCAUGUCCAAGAAUCUUGUGAUAGUUUUGAUUAUAGUCUGUAAUUAUACAAUUGAAUAACUAAACUGAAUGACAAGCAGACCUGCUUUAUUAGUGCUGGGCUGUGAAAGUGGCUUGUGAGAAAGAUUUAGGUCUUGGGCAAAGUGAGGAAGCAAGCUCAGUGAGUGCUAGUCACCCCUUUCAUACAAUAUAGCUUUAGCUUGUUGCGCUUGAGGCCUCGACUUCCUUGUGUGUGAAGAAACACCCUUGUUGCAGGGUAAAGAAUGAGUUCUUCUGGGAGGCUGUUUUUAUAUUGGAGUAUGUACACUACGCUAAAUAUUUCAGUCACUGAAAAUAACAUAUAUUUAUGAUAUUAUUUCAUUUUAUUAUAUAAUCUAUGGUAAUAUACAAGGAUUUCCAGCCCUGAGAAAAGCCAUAACAAAACACAUAAAAAAAAAUUGUAUUUUUUCACGUGUGUUUGAUAUCACCAAUCAGUUGCUGACACAUCACUUGCCUUUUGGGCUACUUGCUCAAGUUGGUGAAUGAACAGUAAAGCCAUUCUCAAUCCAAGGUAGUUUGUUGGCAUUUUCUUAGAUUAUGAUGGAUAUAACACCAAAAAAUCUGUAUUGCUUACAGACAGUGACAUUCAAACUUUCCUAGAAGGGGAAGAAAACCAAAUUACAGAAAGAAAAACUGAAAGUUAUGUACUCAGUGGCUUUGGUAAUGGCAUCUCUGGCAGCUGAGAACAAGAAUUGACAACUGGAAGAUUUGUCACAGGCUGAUUUUGGCCAUGUACCUGAAAUGUUUUCUUCUGCCAGUAAAGAUCCCAAGUCAAUAACUGAGAAUUUUUUAUUUUGAAAGUUAUUCCCAUUGUUUGUUUUUAAAAAGUUUCAACACAUUUUUCUAUCUUGAGCCUCAGUGCCAAUGCACUUUACAACUUUUAUUUGGGGAUUGUUGAUCCUUUUAUUUUCAUUCAUUAAUAAAGUUGACUUUUCUUGUCAGGAAAGGGCUUUUGUGUUUAUAUAAUAAACAAACUAUUACAUGGUUGCUUGUAGAUGUGAAAUUUCCCUUCUUAUGUUCAACUCCUCAUCUCACUUGUUAGCUGUGCUUCCUCUCGAGCUAUUGAUUUGAACACUCAAAGAGAAAUUCCACAUCUAUGUGCCCCCAUGUAUUAUUCUCUCUUUAUUUAAAGAGGUACUUCAAAAUAAAUGCCCCACAACUUUAUAAAUACUUAAAAGUUUAUACUGUGUUAUUCAGAAUGGAUUGUGUAAACGAAAAUCAAUUAAAGCUCCUUCACAAGUCAAUGAUACUCAAGUUUUAUAAAAAGUUAACCUAUCACAGAUUGAGCCAAACAGAUUUAGGUAGUUAUAAGAAAGUUCAGGAUUUUUUUUUAAAGAUCCACUGAAUAAGAUUAUUCACCUUUUAAAGUUAUCUUUUAUUGGUCUUCUUGUGUAUUUUUUUCCACUAUGGUUAAAUGGGGCCCUUAUUAGUUUCAAGGGGUGCUCCUAUGUAGUUAUUUUAUCCUAGAUGUGUCAUUAAGUUACAUCUUCAAGUUUAGAGUUUGCUUUUUAUUUUGGCAAGGCUAAGGAAUAUGUUGUUAUUUAAGGUACCUUGAAUGAUGAUUGGUUUGAUUUUCAUUCAGUGCUUCUAUUAAUCUUGACGUCACCACUAUGAUUGCUUAUGUAUCUGCUUUAACCAAUGGAGGCUGUGGAUUUAUCUUCAAGGUACUGGCAGCAUGUUCUAAGUAAAAGAUUAUAUGCUUCUUUAGUAUCAUUGCUUGUAAUGAACUCUCAGAUAAGUCUAUCACUUAAGGAUUCAUUUGGUCUCUUUUAAAAGAAUGAAUUAGUCAGAAUUCUCAAGUUGGAAUUAUCCAGUUUAAAACAAUUUUUUAACUAUAGCAGUCAACAAAUGGAGUAUCUUUUUUUCAUUUUGUUCUUCAUUUUUGAGUAAUCUUGUUAUUCACCUAGAGUGGGCUUUGAAUUUCAUGAGAUAUGAAAAUCAACUUAGUCUGUAGUUGUUAAAGUUUUUGUUGUCCCUCACAGACCUAUUGCUAAUUUGUUGAAUUUGUGUACUUAUUUAUUUACUCUAUAGGAGGCCAUUUUGACCACACAAGCAAGAGAAGAGCAGCAUAAUCCAGUGCUUCCAAAGUUGAAGGCCUUCUUUAAAGGUCAUACUACAAAAAAUGCAUUUGACUUGGAAUAGUUUUUUUCAAUAAUGUUUCAUGUUUUAGUCAAUCAGUACUUCCUAUAACCAAUCAAGUUUUUUUUUUUAGAAAUGCAGAAUAAUGAGCACCAGAACUUUUUGCCCAGGGGGAGCAAUAGUGUUGUUCUCUGAUCACCUUUCUCCCUUGUAACUGAUAUCUCUUGUAGAUUACAACUCCAAAGGUUUCCAAUAUUUUACUUAGCACUCUCAAUGUCAGUUCCCUGCCAGUAUAAUUCUUGAUUAGAAAACUUGAACAGGGUGUAAGUUUGGUGUUGCAAGGUGUUUCCUACACAACUUAUUUUUCUUUAACCCUUUAACUCCCAAGAUUUCUUUAGUAAUUCUCCCUACUGUCUGCCAUAUAGUUCUUGUAAUGUUAGUUUUGAGAAUUUGGUAUUGGAUCAACUAAUCCCUAACUAAUAUUUUUCUUUAUUCUCAUCACUUGUCUGCUUGAUAUUGUAUUGAUAUCGUAAGGAGAAAUUCUGUCUUGGUCGCACAUGGGAAUUAAAGGGUUAAACAGAACAGCAAAAUGAACAGAUUGUGUCCCAUACAGAGUCUAGGUUUGAACACCUUAGUAAGAGUGCCUCCUGCAGCAUCUGUUGACAAAUGAUGAAACUUACCUGAUUAGUUCUUCUAUCACAUACUUCUGUUCUAAACAUCUAAAUGUAUUUUCGUUUGUGAUGUCAUGUCUUGCUUAGCUUUGAGGUUAACACAUGCACCGACUUUCAAACAUCAUUUUAACAUUCCACUGCAAACGACUUGAGCUGCCAUUUUAUUAGCACAUAUAAGUUCCCAACUCACCACCCCACGAUUCUGUUACUUCUCUCCACGUUCCUGCGCUAUCCACUCUAACUUCGAUUGAAAGGUCAAAAUAGUCUCUCUUUCUUAACCUUUGCGUCCAUUAAGUGACCUUUUGUUUUCUGAUUAACAUAGGGAGUCUCUUAAAAACUAGAUUCCUUUUUUGGCCCAAAGCAUUUGCCAAUUAUCUCUAUGACCUGAAUGCACUCUAUCGUCAGAGAUUGUUUUAUGAACCGUGCUUGUCUUGCCAGCUAGACAGCUGACUUUGCGAGAACGAACAGGAGUUGUGAUUAUUCUACGUGUACCUGAAGUGUAAUGAUGAAUACGUGGAUACAAAAGUGGUACUCUCAAGGGUAUUUCCUGCAGUAUUGCAACCUAACAAUUUAUUUCUUUGAUUGAUUAACGCAUGUUAGGGAAAAAGUUAUUCGCAUGUCAGUCAGCAGUAAGAGACUUCGACGCCAUUUUACAAACAAUUGGUGGUCGUAAAGAACAGGAGCGGGCCAGGUACAUGAACAUGUACAUUGUUUGAAUUGAAAUCAGACAAAGUACAAAGUGCACUGUCUUAAAGUUAACUUGUUGAUACAUACUUCCAAUGCGUGUUUUGUUUCUCUGAAACCUCGGCUUUGUCGGUAAUUUAUUUUAAAGACAAUGAGCUCUGAUGCAAACAAGAUGAAAAACGGUUAUUAUGACAGAUUGUUUUACCUUUACUUGCUAUUUCAGCAAAAUUUUCCCAGGAAAAGGACGCCUAAUCUUAUUUUUAAAAAAAAUGGAUGGAAUCUCUAAACGUGGUUUUAUAUGUCUCAGUGAAAACCGAAAGUUUACCAGUACUAUCUAUUAAUUAACCGAUUGUUGACUGAUACCAAUCCACAAGGCCGAAAAAAGUGCGAUGCAUUUUGUUGACAAUUUUGGAACUACCUUAGGUAUACAAAACUAUCUACGGCGAGAAGUACGGAUGAAAUAUCAUUAGCAAGCGACAACUAUCGGUUUCGAACAGUGUGAAAAUACAGAGUCAGUAGUGAAAAUAGUCUACAUAAGUCUGACUGUUAGUGUUUUUCAGGGCUCUCCUUGAAAAUGUUACAGUUGUUGAAGAUAAUCCUUCAGAGAGGUCCCUUAGCGUGCGAACAAGUGGAAGUAUCAAGGAACGAUCAAAGGUUCCCUUUUAAGUUCAAUUCAGGACUGAAUAUUUUAGAAAAAAAACUGCAAAUCUUUUUCUCUCACCUACUUAAUUUGUUCUUUAGAUUAUCUUUGGUACUGGAGACUCGUUGAAAGCCAUAACUUGCACAGCAAAUGCGGCCUUCACAAGAGCAGCAGCUACUCAGGUAUGACAUAAUAUGACUCUUUAUUGAAUUAUACGCUAGCACAUGUACGUUGAAGGACAACAGUACAAUUUUUCACAUCCUAAUCGCGGCAAUUACAAGAAGACGCGGUUACUGAAUUGUUUACGCUUUCAGUUGACUCGAGAUCAAAAGGAAAGUGAUUGAGUGUAUGCCUGUGUCAAGGUAUUUUUUUUUUCUGACAAGUGCCUUUGUCAUCCAAACUGCAUAGGAGUGGGGGUGGGGCAGCGUUAGCCUCUUGGCUUCUUUGCUGGAACUCAAUGACCGACGUGUAUCAUCUGUAUCAUUAUGCACCAGAAGGAGCAUUCGCUAUAACGUUGUGAUAGAUAAUUUUGUUUUGGGUGAGAACUUUAAUAUUUUUUUACCAUGGUCACGAUUACUUUUCUCAAUGUCGCCUGCAUUUAUCCCAUUUACUGCCUCCACCUUCAUUAGUUUUAAACUUUCAUACAUAGAAAUGAAUAUUCUAAAUAUAUUCCAUUUUUCACUUAUGUACAGGGAGUCGAAUUCACUGUUUUCAUACACGAGUCACGCGCUCUAACUGAAGUGAAGGAAUGUCAGGCCACAAUGGUUUAUCCUGAACGCGAUGUUACGUGAGGAACAGCACUCGAGAUACCAGCAUGCUUUGAAACCAUGGAGCAUUGCGAACUUACAUGAUUAUGCCUGUCUUUUGAGUUCAAUAUUGGCAGAAGGAAAAGUUGCAGUUCCCGUUUCUUCUUUACAAUUCGAGAAAUUGCUUGUAAUGCAUGAUAAAGUGAUGACAUCGCCUCUUAACGCUCAAUUGCUUAAGACAAGGAUCGUGAAGUUUGAAGGACUUCAUGUUCUGUUACCUCGUCAGACUCUAAGUAGGUCAACUGGUUACUCGUCACCAUGCAUCUUUUUUUUUUACAAUAUUUGAUCAUGCUUGGGGCAUUUUAGAUGAUUAUUGAUAUAUUUAAUUAUGAUUUGAUUAUUGAUUAUAUUUGGUUAUGCUUAGGGCAUUUCAGAUGAUGCUCCAGAUGAAAGCACAUCAUCUGUGCUUAGUACUCGUGCUGAGAUUUAAGGAAAUAACAAUUUUCCUUUGACCCUUAUUUGUCAAUUCUAAUGAAGUCACUUCAGUUUGACUAAAGUAAAAAUCUUUUAUAUGCACAGGAUUACAUUUGUUUGAAGAUUGGGUUGCUCUGCAAACCGCACUGAUUAGCGUCGAGACUGGGCUGUCUAGUUUGUCUCUGUCUUUUCAAAACAACCUUAUCCGUAUGUGGAAGGUUAUUGUACCUUUAAGUAACCAUUUUGCUAUUUUUCCUUGCUGCAAUAACUGCGAGUAAAAUUCUAAGAUGUUCAAAGGUACAAACCAUGUGGUUUCUGAGAUUGCGAUUGGGCAAGAGAAGCCCGCUCAGCCCACUCAUGUAGCCAAUCAAACCACAUGGUUUGAUUCAUCUCGUCUGCUCACGCAACAUGUGUAAGAGGAGAAAGAAAAGCGCGAACGGGAAGAAGUUUGGAGUGAAAUCGUUAUUACAUGAAUCCUGUAACAUUUCUGGAGUACGGUCUUUCAAACGUUUGAAAGUAAUGGGUGUGACCCUCAAGUGAAACUGCUGAACAUUGUUACGUGAUGACAGAAAAAUAAAACUAAGCCUUGUUGCCUACGUGUUCUUUGGAUCAGUUACGCACUGUCAGCUGUAAGCACGUACAUGAUCGUUCAAGAGAAUUUCGUAAGAGGAAGAGCAAACGUUUUAGCUACAGGUGAGCUACUUUCAGCUUUGCCAAAUCGAAAAGUUUGGAAAUUUGCAUUAGGCUAGUUAGGUCGAC